CUGUUCCCUCUCGCUCUCGUCACCACAAUCGUACGAGCACUCAUCGUAGUCGUCUACACGGCACUUGUCUCUGACAUUACUUUGAGGUGACGUGUCGUCCGUACUGAGUCCGAGAUGGCUGGUCUGAAGCUGUACUCGGUCAGUGACAGUCCCCCGUCGACGGCUGUCAAGAUGGCGCUCGAGGCUCUAGCACUCGAGUACACCAACAUAGAGGUGGACUUCGCAGCCGGAGAGCACCUCAGCGAAGAGUUUUCCAAGAAAAAUCCGCAACGCGAAAUUCCUUGCCUGGACGAUAACGGUUUUUUCCUAAGUGAAAGCAUCGCCAUCCUGCAGUACCUGGCUGACAAGUACGGCCCCGGACACAGCAUUUACCCGCGGGACCCGCAGCAGAGGGCCCUGGUCAAUCACAGGCUCGCCUUCAACAUUUCCACGUACUACGCUCGAAUAGUGGAAUAUGCGGUGGCACCGAUAUUCUUUGAUUACAAGAGAACUCCCGAGGGUCUUAAAAAACUGAAGAUAGCUCUGAACGUCUUAAACACGAUCUUAGAAAGACAGGGAACCAAAUUUGCAGCAGGAGAGCACGUGACCCUGGCGGACCUGUCGCUGGCGGCUGCGACCAUGUGCCUGGAGGCGGUGGAGCUGGAGCUGUCGGCGUGGCCGCGCGUCCUGCGCUGGUACGCGGACUUCAAGCAGGCGGCGCCACGCCUCUGGGCGAUCGCGGAGCCCGCCAUGCUGGAGCUGCGGACGUUCAGCAAGAGCCCGCCGGACCUGUCGUCGCUGCAGCACCCCUACCACCCCGUCAGGGCCAGCAAGUAGCGCGUCGUGGCGUCCCCGUGUCCCGAGCCUGCACCACCAGUUCCUUCUGAUUGUCUCUGCAGUGUCCUACGUUUUUGUAAUUGUGUCCAGGUGAAAACAAAUGGGAAAAUUCUUGUGUUUGUCGAUAGCUUCACCAGUAUUUCGUAGGAAUCAAUCUAUACACGGCGAAUCUGAACUCGACUUACAAAAUUUCCGAGGCUGCUGAUGAAUAGUUUCUUCAGAAUUUUGGUGGAAGGGAACAGCAGUGGCUCAUUACGAAGCUAUAAUGUAACUAUGAUAUACUCGGUUUGUUAACCCAGUUAAUUACCUUCGCAGCAGUGAAAAGAUAGCAAAUUACGGUAUCACCAAAACAUACAACACAAAAAGCAAAGCAAUGUAAAUAAUUUUAGACGGAACAUAUAAUCUUUUUUCAUUCAUGGCUAUCGACGAUUUUAGAACCCUGCAAUUGUGUCAUUCAUGAUUAAAAUAAUAGAACACUGCACCAGUUUUUCCCAGUUUUGCCUUUCUUUCCUGUGUAGCACUACGCGUUUCGAGAUUUUAUAAUCAUUAUCAAGUGCAGAUAUUUACAUUGGCAUAUUAUGUUAUGCUUUCGUGUGUAUUGUCCUGCCUCUCUUUCGCUGCGGUCCUUUUGUCUUUUUACUGCAAUCGGAAAGCCCCAAAAAAUAAAUCUUCUGUCUACUUAAUGGUACUGUGCCUUCUUCAUUGCGCAGACAGACUCUCUCUCUCUCUCUCUCUCUCUCUCUCUCUCUCUCUCUCUCUCACACACACACACACACACACACACACACACACAACAAACUGGCGACGUUUUUUAUUGCAUGAAUUCCUUACAUUUUCAUAACUGUGUUCAAUCUGUGUCACUAUAUAGUGCAGUGCGUAGCCAAUGCACAGCUGUUCUCUUAAAAGUAUUGUUGAAAAUGAUUAUCACCCUGAUCACGCCACAGUCUAAAGCGACGCGUCAUAGAGCGUCUGACUCGCUCAGUGGUUCCAGGGGCUUAGCCUAGUACUUCUGAUGCGGCGAAACUCCAGACUACCAGGUCCAUCUGUCGCCCAGAUUCUCAUAAACUAGGCUCUUGGCAUAGCCCAGAAGUAGUGGUCGAUAAGAGUUUCUUUUGGUGAUCAAGCCAUUCAUGGAAUAGGACGACACCGUCCAAACCACUGUCGUCGAUUGUGUACGUUAAUGUGGUUGCUGACUACAAGUGUAAUGCGCAGCGGCGCUCCGUAGAGUGGAAAACUCGUGUAGUUUUGUUGUGUAGAUACUUUCAGUGCAAUAUAGAUAUAGAGAUAAAUGUGGAAGAGGAAGGUAAUACAUCUCUGUAAUAAGUCUGAAAAGAGCCACCGGAGGUGACAGAUUCUCUGCACCAAAAUACACAGAAAAUAGCCGUGGACAACCUCUGAAAUUCUGUUGUCGGAUUUCUCGUUCAUUCUGUAUGUGUCAAUUGAACAAAAUUGUUUUUCACGUAGCUUCGUUUGGGUAUUAAUAAAGUACCAGGUGGCAAAGUAUGGAAGUGCAUUCACGUAUAACAGCUGCGGUUAAACAUGGAAAUUUAAUAUAUAGUCUGUAUUGUUUUAAGGGGCACACAAUUUAAACUUGCUUUUUAUCCGACAAACGAACCAAAAAUUCCAAAAUUACGCUACGGAUUGCGUAACCGGAUGAGAAUGAGAACACGCUAGUAAAGAUUUAUUCAAUGUAUCAAAAUUAAUAUUAUGAUAAUGGAACAGAGAAACAGAAAGAAAAUGAAAAAAAUCCUCUGGCUAUUAAAUGCACUUUAUUCGUA